CUGUACAACAAUUCAACAAUGAAUCCCGAAUAUGACUAUUUAUUCAAACUGCUGCUGAUUGGUGACUCUGGUGUUGGAAAGUCUUGCCUUCUGCUCCGAUUUGCAGAUGAUACAUACACAGAAAGUUACAUUAGCACUAUUGGAGUGGACUUUAAAAUACGAACCAUAGAACUAGAUGGGAAAACCAUUAAACUUCAGAUUUGGGAUACAGCAGGACAGGAGAGAUUUCGCACAAUUACAUCCAGCUACUACAGAGGUGCACAUGGUAUCAUUGUUGUCUACGAUGUCACAGACCAGGAGUCCUUCAACAAUGUCAAGCAGUGGCUACAAGAGAUUGACCGCUAUGCCAGUGAAAAUGUCAACAAGUUGUUGGUUGGAAACAAGUGUGACCUGACUACGAAGAAAGUGGUGGAUUACACAACAGCAAAGGAGUUUGCUGACUCCCUGGGAAUACCCUUUUUGGAAACCAGUGCUAAAAACGCCACAAACGUGGAGCAGGCCUUUAUGACCAUGGCGGCUGAAAUCAAAAAGAGAAUGGGCCCGGGAGCCACGGCCGGGGGAGGGGAGAAGCCCAACGUCAAGCUCACCCCAGGCACUUCCGUCAAGACUUCAUCAGGAGGAUGCUGCUGAGAGAGAGAGUCCAAACAAUCUCCACCCCACCAC